AUGGCCUUCGAGCUCUCUCUACUGAUGGCCCUGGUGCUGGUCAGCUACGGCCCGGGAGGAUCCCUGGGCUGUGACCUGUCUCAGAACCACAUGCUGGCUGGCAGAAAGACCCUGAGGCUCCUGGGCCAAACGAGGAGGCUCUCCCCUCACUUCUGUCUGCAGGACAGAAAAGACUUCGCUUUUCCCCAGGAGAUGGUGGAGGGUGGCCAGCUCCAGGAGGCCCAGGCCAUCUCUGUGCUCCACGAGAUGCUCCAGCAGAGCUUCAACCUCUUCCACACAAAGCGCUCCUCUGCUGCCUGGGACACCACCCUCCUGGAGCAGCUCCACACGGGACUCCAUCAGCAGCUGGACGACCUGGAUGCCUGCCUGGGGCAGGUGAUGGGAGAGGAAGACUCUGCCCUGGGAAAGAUGGGCCCCACGCUGGCCGUGAGGAGGUACUUCCAGGGAAUCCAUGCCUACCUGCAAGAGAAGGGAUACAGCGUCUGUGCCUGGGAAAUCGUCAGAUUGGAACUCAUGAGAUCCUUCUCUUCAUCAACCAGCUUGCAAGAAAGGUUAAGAAUGAUGGAUGGAGACGAGAACUCACCUUCACAUGACUCUCACUGA